AGAAGCUUUAUGUUCGCUUGCAUCUUCCCACUGAGCGACCUUCGAAAACGCUGAAAAACUUGCAGCGUCCAAAGAUUGAAGCUCGUUGAAGAAUGGAAGCUAGAAUUGUCUCAGAAAGUAAGGGCACAGUGACCUCCGAGAGAGGGCAAUUUCGAGGAAUCCGAAUGGAGAAUCCCUUUACUUUGAAGGUGGGUCAGAUAUUUACAGGGUUCGGCGUCGGUUGUGGCGUCGGUAUCGGCGUUGGCCGCCCCAUAAACAUGGGUGCAAUACCUGUCAUGAAUGAAGUAAUGAGUGCCACGAGAGGUGCAACCGAUGCACUUUCUGGUGUAACCAGGCAUUUAAAUAACUCUCUCAGGAAAUUAGGAGCUAAGAACAUCCAAGGUGGCAUUGGGUGUGGAGUUGGUUUUGGCCAUGGUUUCGGUGUCGGCCUAGCUAUCAAGCCUUCAUUUCUACAACAAGUUCAAUCUUCUGUUAUGCAAGCAAUGGAGAAGAUGGUGACAAAAUUAGGUAAUAAUCCUAAUCUUGCAAUUAGUCAAAGCGCUGUACCAGUAUCACUGCAAUCUGCCAUGAGCAUAACAAAUGCUUCGGCUAACAAGCAUCCUGUUGCAAGCAUUAGAGAGUUUGCAAAAGAAAUGCCAGAAACUGCUCCACAAAACCUAUCGAGUAGAUCGUUUGAAACUCGAACCGAAAAGGUCGUCGACAGUUUCUUGCAGAAUCCUGUUUUUAAAGGAGGGGAUACUGAACUGCAGGAUGAGGUUGGACGCCUACGGCUCGAAAACCGUCUCUUUCAAAUGGUAAUGAUGCAUCAGAAACUUAUUCAAGAGCUCAAGGAGGAGAAUAACAAGCUUCACCAAAUACUAGUGGAAGACCUGAAAAUACCACCCAGCAAGCUCCAAGCAAGUAACACAGGUAGAGAAUUUUCUCCAUGUUCAGGCUGUUUGGAAUGCCGAAGAAAGGAAAGGAGAAGAAGAAGCUAAUCAUUCAAUCAUUCAAUCAUUCAAUCAUUCUAAACGAUUUGUUCGACACGGCUGAGCCAAAGCAGCGUUCAUUUGAUUCUUCAUAGUCGUAUUCUCUAGUUGCUGCGUUUUCGUGAGCACCCGAACACGAACCGAUUGAAAGAAUCUGAGGUAACGAGUUCAUAUCAUACUUGAAUACGAACAAAUGACAUCUGAGAAAUAGAUGCUCUACUGAUCCACAAAACUCAGCUACAUAGGAACUUGGAGGCUAUAUUGAGUUCAUGAGAUAGCCGAGUUUGUUCAAACAAAUUAACUGGCCUUUGUUUGAAAUUUUGAUGGUUCUUGAUGCAUUUCAUCGUCCAAACUGCAAGAUUUUGAGUUCGAGUUCUUUGAGUGGUUGAUGUAAAGCUAUUUUUAACGCGUUUCUUGUGGUGCAAGUAAAAACACAUGUUAAUCUAUCAGCAAUAGAUGUGUAGUACGUUUAUAUAUAUGUGAAUAAGUCUGUCACAACAUUACUAAUAUUAAUGAUAUAUGAGAGUAAAACCAGAGUUACAUAAGAAUAUCGA